AUGACCAUGGAGGACCCUCCUCGACCUCAGCCCAUCCCAGAUGUGAAGACUUCCCAUUUCAUGGUUCGCACAAGCCAAAUCUUCAAAAAGGUAUCCAACUUCCGCAGCCAGCGAAGAAAGAGCAAGAGCAAGGAGGUCGUCGGACUGUACGAACGCGGCACGCGCUCUAUGGACCUCAAUAACAAGGCAUUCAUGCCGCAGAACGUCCUAGCCAUCGGUUCGCGCCGUUCCGCAGACAACUCUGAUACACCUUCGUCCAACGGACAUACAUCCGCGAAUGCGCCCGAGCCGGUGCUUGUAAAUUGCAUGCAAGCCAUGCGCUCGCCUGGGAUGCCGGAAGCUCAACACCAGGAGUCGGUCGAGGCGAUCGAAGGGCUCCCGCCAGAAUCCUCCACCACGCGGACGCACACGCAGGAGCGAGAGGACGCGACGGCAGCUGGCACCCUGGCACCUCGUCUCGCGACGCUUCCCGCCCCGAUGAUGGCGCGGUAUAAUGCACAGGGGGCAGCUCGAGUGACGCACUCGAUGGUUACACGCCAGCCACCGAUGCCCCUUCUCCAUUUGCCGAUGCUGCCUCCACCCACGCCGACGCAGCCCGAGCGGCUGGGGCGACCGCAGGCGCCUCUGCGGAGCAUCCCUGCGUUGCCGAUGCAGGGGCCGAGCGAGUGUGAGCAGGAUGCGGACCACGAGAAUGCGGUGCUGGGAGACUCAGACUCGGAAGAGGACGGGGAAGACUUCGCGGAUGCGGAGCGUAGCGCACCUGCGCAUGAGGCGGACGGGGACGAAGACGAAGACGGCGGGUCGUCCCCCGAGCGGGUGAGUCCUAGCAGCAUGAACCUUCCGCAAGUCGCUACGACCUCUUCGUUCGGGGCAUCUUUCCUCGACGGUGAUCCGGCGGAAUCUCGGCGGGAGACUUGGAACUCCACGGGUUCCGGUGAUGCGCAACCCACGCCAGUGCCCAAGCCGGGUUUUACGAUCGAUUACUUCAAUGCGAAGGACCUCACGCGACAAUCGAGUCGGUCGUCGAUCGUGAACCGGACGCCACGGCCAGCGGACUUGAUGCCUUCUGGGUCACGGCAAUUUGCGGGCAUAGGGAAUUCUUCCCCACUGCUCACGUCGCCCGCGUCUCCGCGUCCAGGUCUGUACCACCAUGGGUCGAGAAGCAUGGUGGACCUGCUGUCAGUAUCACGAAAGGGCAAGGAAGUCAUGGGCACGCCGACUAUGACUGCAGAUUCUCCACGGAAAAACAAGCUGGCUUCCGCUGGCCCUCCCACGAUCGUUGAGGACGAGCAGGGCCCGUCGAGAGUCCGCCCAGACUCGCCAGAAGAUAUGGACCCGUCGUCCCCGAUUCUCUGUCGACGGCGUUCGUUGCCAACAUAUAAGCACACCUCCGAACCUCCACCUUAUCCUUCCUUCCACCCCCGUGGUGGUCCUCCGGUCCAGCCGCGCGAUGAAGAGGGCAAGGAGCACUUGCCAUGUUAUUCGAACUCGAUAUACUUAUGUGCGAUCAUGCCGCGCAAGGUGGAGUUCUCCAAGCCAGGCGAGCAAGCGAAGGACCGGAAAUGGCGGCGCGUGCUUUGUGUACUAGACGGCACCGUCUUCAGGGUGUACAAGUGCCCUCCUAGUGCUGCAGGAGUUACCGCGAUCGAAGCGUGGUGGGAAAACAAGGUUGGUGUCGGUGACAUCACAGUCAUCAAUCCGAACAGAGGAACUUCCAGCGGGACCCGUGUUUCUGCGGUGAAGUCCACGCCCAGCACCGAGGGGGGAGACGAGAAGGUUACACAUUCCGUACCAAGCGGAUCGCUCACUGCGAGCCAGCGAGCUCCGACACAACCACAGCCCGUGCAGCCUUCGCCGUCACCGUCUUCUCGAUCGAAGUUUCAUCUUGCUGCAAGCCUCCUUCAUCCUAAUCGUACGAACAGCUCAAGUCGCUCGGUCCUACCCUCGAGUAGUACCAAUUCGAGAUCACGCCUGAGUGUGGACACCCAACGAGAGGAUUCUCCAGUCUCACCACCGAUCAGCAGCCGACAGUCCUCCGAUAAUACGUCGUCGUCGUCUCGAUCCGGUUACAUGUCAAACUCGACCUCGCGUACUACGGUGACCGUUCCCUCGCCCACGGCGCGAUCGAACUCCAACGGUACUUCGUCCGCAUCCUCCUUUUUGCGGUCUCGUAUGCCCCACAGCCCUUCGGUUAACUCGGAGUUUCCUCCAAAUUCUGCGCAAUCGAUUGUGGAACCGGACAAGAGGGACCUUAUCAGCUCCUUCACCUUGCAGCAUGCAGAGAGCGGGCUUGCAAGUGACUACACGAAGCGCAAGAAUGUCAUACGCGUCCGUCUGGAAGGGGAGCAGUCCUUACUACAGGCGCAGGAUGUCGCCUCGGUCAUAGAGUGGAUAGAGGGGAUCCAAGCCGCGACGAAUAUUGCGCUUGACUUGGACGAACGUCCGAUGCCCAGGGGGCCAAUGUUUCCCCGGAGACGACGUAGAAGACGCCCCGCUACUGGCCAUGAGACCGUGCAAAGCCUCAGAAGUCCCAGACCUGAGGGCGUGUAG